AUGGCUCAACCAAUCCCAAAGGAGGUCUGGAAUGACCAUAAAGAGGCCAUUGUGCGCCUUUAUAUACACGAAGAUCUGCCUCUGGACAAGAAGGACGCUCGCAACCUGAUUGACGUGAUGAAGAAUGACUACCAGUUUUCUGCCACAUCCGCACAGUAUCAGCGACAGUUCAAGAAAUGGGGCCUGACGAAGAAUCUAUCUCGAGAUAGUUGGGAGUCAAUCUUUCAGCACCUGGACCAGCCCGAUUCGCACAACACCAGCCAUCAACUGAGGUUGUCUGGGCGGGUCUUGAGCAAGAAAAGGAUCAAUAGGUCCCGGAGACAUGUACGGCCAAGCAACCGUUCCGCUCAGCAAGCGAGGGCCUCGCAGCUCAUGGCUUGCAACCCGCAGAUAGAGAUCACCGAGUUGGACGAUCUCCAGGCGGACACCCCCCUUGCAAGUCUUGGUGAGGUACCGGCACCAUUGCGAGACGGCACAAGCACCUCGAGGAUUGCGAACCCCUGCAGACGACCCGGUACACCCGAUGGCGAUCAUUAUCCAGAUCCUGAGCUAUUACAAUCACCACCGCCAAUAUCUCUGGAAAUUCCAUUCCUGCCCGUUUACGAUAGCUCGUGCUUUCAACCAUCAUCGACCACACCAUGUGUUCUUGGUGAUUUGGAGACAGCAGAAUCUUCACAGGGUAUUGCAGGAAUGAGCAGUCAUAUGCCGUUGCCAUCUGAGACACAACACGGUCAUGGAACCCACCGAAAACCUGUCAACCAUAACGGGCAUAUACCAAGCGAUAGGGAUCUACCCUCCAGGUCGACAAUCAAGUCGAUCUCAAAGUCCGUGACUGUUCAUACCUCAAGCCUUCAGCUUUGUGCAGAUCUUCAGAACAAAGCCGAACAUAAUCUCCAGUGGCCCCAGGUUUUCAGCCCAUGGCGCAAUGCUUCAUUCUCAAUAUCGCAGAAAAUACCACUCCCUAUUCUGGUAUCCAUAUGCCUUCAGAAGACCUUGUCUUCGCUGACACAAUUUGCAUUCCACUACUCUACGGACAAAAAUGAUUGCAUAGCUUUCAUCGAUGGCAUGGUCUCUACACUUCCGAUAGCAGUGCAAAAGUCGUCCAGCGCAUCCAACUACGACGAGGACAGUAGCGCGAUGUUCUUCAAGGCCGUGCUUUUCUCGCUGAUCAAUAAUUUCGCUGGCAUUGGCCACUUCUCCCCAGCCUUCUUUGUUGAGUUUAUUUGCAUUCAUCCUAAACUUGGGGGCCAUAUUAUGCGUGGCUUAGGGGCUUGGGAUCAAUUUGUCACCAGACCUCUUGCAGAAAACCUAUUUCGGUCUGCUGUGCUUGCCGGCCAAGUAGGCAUCAUUCGAACUAUUCUGCCUAUUUUGCAGAAUACUUUCCGUGUCGACCUGACCAGCCUAUUCUCCGAAUAUCUGGGGCUAAAGUGCACUCCAUUGGAGAUUGCGGCCAAGAUGCGAAGCAUUCAGACAUUGAAAGUUGUUCUACAAGCUGGAUUUGAUCCGAAUCAAUCAUGCCCUGGCAGUUUUACUCCAGGUGCGCUGGCAAGCUUUCUAAGUGAAUUCACUGAAGCGCUAUGUUCUCACAGAGAGAAAGACACAGAUAUUGAUAUCCUACGUCUUCUACUUCCCUAUCAUAAGAAUGGGCCUGGAUGUCUGCACAGAUUUGUCAAUAACCACCCUCAGCAUGUGGAAGCUAUGCGACUUAUUCUAAGCUAUCUUGCUCCAGAGAGUCACGACUAUGUCUUCUCUCGCAUCCUUCUUACUAUUCGCUUCACCAAUGAUGCAGAUACUGUCAUCAAUGUCUUGAAGUCAUGUCAAGAGCGAGGCUGCUUCGGACAGCACGAAAACUGGAGAAUAACCUUGGAAACCCUUGUACGCACUGCCACCGCCACUGACGAUUAUCCACUGGUGGAGUUCCUUCUAGAUAUUACAGAUUGCCAUAGUUAUGCACUAUCUACCGCAGUCAGGAGUGAAGAUGCUGACAUGGUGCAUUAUCUCUUGGGAAGGGGAUUUGACGUCGACCCCGAUCCCUUUGAUCCUUUCGAUCCUUUUUAUUCCACAUUAGAGUGGCGGUUCCCACCCCGGCAUCACAUUGGCGACAUAAUCAGAGCAGCCUUUCCACACAAUGGAGUGGUCGUCAUCACGCCCUUGGCACAGGCUAUAAGACUACAAAACUCUCAUCUGAUUCAGGAACUCGAGGAAAGGGGAGCCCUCAAUCACAUCUCCGAACCAGGUCGCUUCCGGGCGGCACUUAUAGCAGCGAGUGAGAUUGGCCACGAGGCAUAUGUUAGGAUGCUUUUGCGAAAGUGCCCGAAGCUCGAUGCCGCGAACUCGCAGGGUGCACUAUUGGCAGCUAUGGAGAAUGGGCAUACGUCGGUCGCCGUAAGGCUUUUCGAAGCGGGUGCUUGCCACAAUGACAGGUCUCGCUUCUGCCAUUUUCCACACGGUCUUCUAGACAGUGCUCUAGCAUCACAUGACGAUGUUAUGAUACAGCUCGCGUUCGAGUGCGAUAUAUCAAUCAAUGGUACGGCUUUCAGCAUCGCCCUCAAGGACCAGAACACUGAAUUAGUAGAUUUACUUCUUCGGCUUGGAAGUAUUGCUACGUACACCACCGACUUCUUGAACGACAUUGUCAAGCUAGGAAACAGGGAAAUUGUGAAAUUGCUUCUCGAACAUGGAUUUGAUCCCUUUGAACCCAUUGCCGGCGAACACACGGCAUUUGGAACAGCAGUGCUGUACGGGGAUCCCAUAAUGAUCGACAUCUUGCUCACAGCAAACCCAAACACAAGCUCAAGAACGUUGUUCUUCGAAGUUUUAUGCGAGAGCCCCCAAGAAAACAGGCAGCUGCUUAUCAACGCAUAUCUGAGCAAAUACGGGCAGAAUAUAUCCGGCUUUGGUGGUGACCAGUUCAUUCAAAGUUUCAGAAACAAGGACCCCGACCUAAUAAAAACCUUGCUAACUAUUCAGGCUGAUAUAAACUCACUGACGUCUUCCUGGCAUUCGGAUGCUUGGUCACCAUUUGGUUAUGCUGUCAAGCACCACAAUGAUGACAUGAGUCUCCUUCAGACACUCCUCGACGCUGGAGGGGAUCCCAAUUGUAUUGCAUGGCAGAGCGAGCGAGGUCGAACACUGGGACAAAAGACCGCAUUCCUGGUGGCGAUAGAUGCCUGUAAUGCGGAAGCUGUGAGAUUACUGGUCGAAGCAGGAAAAGCAGACGUGAAUAAGGCUCCGGGCAUGGGAAUCCUUCGUACACCCUUACAGGAGGCCAGUGAGACCAGUACCUUGGGCAUAGUCAAGCUCUUGCUGGAGUGUGGCGCAUUUGUGGACGGAUCUCCUGCGAUCAGAGGCGGUGCAACUGCUCUUCAGUUAGCCGCCAUUCGUGGACACAUUCCCAUCGCCGCACUUCUGGUUGAGAAUGGAGCGAGCAUACAUGCCCCUGGGGCAAAAGUAUUCGGCCGUAGAGCUUUCGAAGGCGCCGCAGAACACGGUCGUCUGGAUAUGCUGAAGUACCUUUGGGACGCAGCAUCGGGACGCGGCUUCAGCAUCAAAGAACUGGAGAGGGCAUCGGCCCUGGCUACAGAGCAGGGCUAUCCGGGAUGCGUGGAAUACAUCGAAGUACUCAGGAGCGGAUUGGCAUUUCUCUACGAGGACACUGAUCUCAUUGUUGACGAUUCUGUUUUGGAGCUUAUUGGAACGGAGCAACCAUGA